CCUGGGUCAAGCAUACUGUAAUACAUUCACAUGAAGCUUCAAGACACAACAAUCUGCAUGUCCAUAAUAUGGAGUCCAUCUUCUUAAACCUCUCCGCCGAUGUAACGCUCCACGCGCGCAUCUCUCGACCUCCCAUUGUCAACCAAAAACCACUUCUGGUUUUCCUCCAUUACUGGGGCGGGUCCUCUUCAACGUGGUACAAGCUCACCUCGCCGGGUUCACAGACCUCCUUAAGUACUACCUAUCCUAUCCUUGCGGUAGACCUUCGGGGCUGGGGCAAGUCGGCGGGUCCGUCUGAGGAAACUGGAACAGCAUAUUCGAUUACGGCAAUGGCUUCCGACGUUGCCCUCGCAUUAGAGCAGCUGAAACAAAACGCUAGUACGGAGGAACUUUUCAACCACGGGUUUAUACUCGUUGGUCACUCUAUGGGAGCGAAGGUAGCCUUGGCCACGCUAUCUACCCUGCGUGAGAAUCGACUUCGAGAAUUGAGGGGCUUGGUUUUAGUAGCCCCAGCGCCGCCGACGGCACUCAGCCUGCCACUGGAGAUGAAAGAGCAACAAAGGGUUGCCUACGAGACGAGGGAAUCCAUAAGAUGGACGGUAGAGAAUGUACUCGCAAACCCUGAAAGCGUAAGUGAAGACGACAUUGAGUUGGUGAUUCACGACAGCUUGGGUGCGAAUAAACUUGCCAAAGAAGCUUGGCCUACCUAUGGGAUGGCGGAGGAUGUUUCUGAAAGUGUGAGGAGGUCUUUGGCCUACACUAGCCAUACUGGUAUUCGGGCGAGUGUGCUUGUUGGGGAAUUGGAUAUUGUUGAACCAAGAGACCGAGUUCAGGCUGGGGUUUGCCGGUUUCUUGAGGAGAAUGGUGUCAAAACGUCGCUGAGGGUUAUUGAGAAUGUGAGGCAUUUGAUUCCAUUGGAGUGCCCGGAGAUAGUCUGCAAAGAGAUUUCUUUAUAUUGAUCGAGCAUUUUGGGCUAGUUCUAUCGGGACCCUUGUUGUACCUACAUGGACACUAGGAGAAACUAAUUUGAUACGUCCACAACAUACGCAUAGCCACGUAUCAGUCCGAAAUAAAGACGCAAUAUUUAGUCAUUGUCAGUCGGUAUCACGUUGUACCUCAUUGCAACUCCAUUGAGGAUACUUCGUGCAACUGUAACCAAGUUCUCGGCCGCGCAAGCAUAGAUGAAGGGUAUCUUCCUCGCGGUAAGUGAUUGGAAUUUCGGUGUGGAAACAUGUCGUACAUGCGGAUUCACAACAUUCAAUAAUAAUGUCAGCAUCCAUAAGCAGAAGGAAGUUCUGCCCCUAAUUCGACUUGCUGUCCAGUAACCAUGUCCAAGGUGCAGAUUCUUGUUCGUGUGACC